GUCAAUUAUAAAAUUUAAGUGAAAAUAAACAAAAUUGUUGUUAUUUUCGGUACAUAUUUCUUUAACUAUUUAUAAAUGAAGCUCUAUAAACCCAGCUGGGUCAAUCAUGAUGAGAAGCCAAUAUUUUCGGUGGACAUCCAUCCAACUGGUAAACGCUUUGCCACUGGCGGGCAAGGAGAAGACUCUGGAAGAGUUGUGGUUUGGAAUUUUAACUCUGUACUAUUCGAAGAAGUGGAAUGGGAUUCAAAUGUUCCGAAAAUGCUAUGUCAAAUGGAUAACCAUUUAGCAUGUGUAAAUUGUGUGCGAUGGAGUAAUGGAGGUCGAUACUUGGCAUCUGGUGGUGAUGACAGCUUAGUUAUGGUAUGGGGACUUAGUGUAGCUGUGGGAGCUACCGGUAAACACAAAGCUGAAACUUGGAGAUGCUUGACAACGUUAAGAGGACAUGCAGGAGAUGUUCUGGAUCUUGCGUGGUCACCAUUAGACAAGUGGUUAGCGAGCUGCAGUGUUGACAACACAAUAAUAAUUUGGAAUGCUGAAAAGUUCCCAGAAAUGGUGUGUGUGUUGAAUGGCCACACCGGCUUAGUGAAGGGAGUUGCUUGGGAUCCUGUGGGAAAAUAUUUAGCAUCUCAAUCCGAUGAUAAAUCUCUAAGAGUCUGGAAGACAGCCGAUUGGGCAUCGCAGGCAGUCAUUACGGAAUCUUUUGAAGAAUGUGGAGGUACAACUCACGUGCUCCGUCUGUCGUGGUCGCCGGACGGUCAGUACGUGCUAUCCGCGCACGCCAUGAACGGGGGGGGGCCCACGGCGCAGGUGGUGGAGCGAGACAGCUGGCGCUGCGACAAGGACUUCGUGGGCCACAAGAAGGCCGUCACGUGUGCUCGCUUCAACAGCAACAUCUUCGUGAAGGACGGCAAGAAGUGCUGCUGCGCGGCGGUGGGGUCGCGCGACCGCUCGCUGUCCAUCUGGCUCACGUCGCUCAAGCGGCCGCUGGUGGUGGUGCACGAGCUGUUCAGCGACAGCGUGCUCGACCUCUCCUGGAGCUCGGACGGACUGAAACUGUUAGCUUGCAGUACAGACGGCACGGUCGCGUGCAUACAGUUCACGAAAACGGAGAUCGGCACGCCGCUCACUCUCGAGGAAAAGAAUGCCUUCUAUGAGAAGAUAUACGGGAAAUGUUUCGUGAACGAGCCCGGCGGUGAUCUCACGUCCAACCUGCUGGUGGAGUGUCCCGAGAUACUGCUGGCCCGGGAGAAGCAAGAAGCUAAGAAGGAACCGCCAAAGGAGGAGAUCACGCCGAAGAGCGAUAAAUCACAGCCCUUCCCCCCCGCGCCGCUGCCCCCGCGGCCCGUGGACCGGCAGAUCGAGACGCGCACGUCGGACGGCAAGCGCCGCAUCACGCCCGUCUACAUCCCGCUCACCAGCGUCGACGCCAACGAGUCUCUGGGGUCGCAGCCCGCUACGGAGAGCUGCUUCAGCACGUCCUCGCAGGGGAAGUCCCGCAUCAAGGUGGAGCGACGGGACGACAUCAUCAUACACCCCAACGUCAGCAACCACGCCACCGCCAGCGUGCGGAACGACACCGGUCUGGAGCAGAGGUUGCGCAAGCGCACGGCGGCGAGUCUGCCGGGCCCCCGCGUAGACGAACUGCAGACCAAGCGCAGCUGUGCCUCUCCCACCGCAGGGGCCUCGGGGUCUCCCACUUUAAAGAACGCCGGCCCAGUUGCCCCCGCGCUGCCGGCGCCGGCGCUAGGAACCGCCGGUCCGGUCGUGCGAGCCGCUGGCGUCUUGAGAUUGCAGGUUGUGAACAAAGCCUGCAACACGCACUACGGGACGUUAUCGCGACUCGAACUUAUACCGAACAACUCGGCCUCAAACGACCCCAUCUGGGAAACUUAUUUAGGUUCCCCCGUGACGUGCAUCGCGUGCGACGCGCGCUGGGCGUGCGUGGCGUGCGCGGACGGCGCGCUGCACGUGUGGAGACUCGCACGCGCACCCGCGCGCGCGCUGCCGCACCUCGCACUACCAUCUCAAGCUGCCAAAAUGACUCUGUCCGGGGAUACGCUGGCGGUGGUGACCACGUCUGCCGAGCUCGCCAUAUGGGACCUGUCCGCUGCUACGUGCCUCGUGCGACCGCUUUGCUUUAGGAAUCUACUCUCGCAUGGUGUUACAGUAUCAAAUUGUUCUCUACUCGAGGACGGCAAUCCAAUGAUCUCACUCAGUAAUGGAAAAAGUUAUAUUUAUUGCAAGAAAUUAUGCGCAUGGGUGGUGUGGGCGGACGCGGGCGACCCGGUGCGGCGCGCGGGCGGCGGCGCGGGCCCGCGGGCGCCCUCGCGCACGCGCGCGCCGCACGCACACGUGCCCGCACUGCGCACGCAUCCACGUUCGAAGGCGCUGUCGGGCGCGGCUCGCAGCUGGCUGGAGGCGCAGGUGGCGGCCUGCCUGCACCUGCGUCUGCCCGCAGACUACCGGCACUGGUUCGUGGCGCUUUUCGACCACCUCGUACAUCAUGGAACAGAAGAACAAUUAAGAAACAUACUGGAUGACUUACUCGGACCGAGUCACUGCACGUCUACUCCUAAGAAAUGGCAAAAUACGAUUCUGGGCUUAAAGAAACACGACAUCCUAGAAGAGCUUCUGUCGCUGCUGGUGCGGCAGCUGCAGUGGCAGCGCCUGUACGCCGAGUACGCAGACCAGCUCGGCCAGCUGGCCGGCGCCGUGCUCAACGGACACUAACGCUGGGAUUCCUGUGUGUUAUGUGUAUGGAUCACUUCAGUUGUAGUUGUCGAAGCUUUGGAAAAAUAUUCACGGACUUUGAACGGUGAUACUGUGAUUUAAAAUUAUAAUUGGUAACUUAUUUAUCUUGGGUUAUUUAAAACACUUUAGAUCAUUCAGCCAGUAUUUGUGACGAAAAAUCUCAAGGAUAAAAUGGAAAGUUUUAGAAUCGCAGAUGUGUUUCCGUAACCGCGGCACUAUUUUAAAUUAGAGAUAAAUUAGUUUUUAAAUGUGGAACAGUAUAAUGUGUAUAAAUGAAAUCAAUUAUUAAAAUGACUUCUAUAAGUGAACUAAAGCUAAUGCCUGCUGUGUGUUGUAAUACCUCUUGGAAUGUUCUUGUAAACAUAUUUAAGUGACAUGACACCUUAGUUACCAAGGUUGGUGGCGCAUUGGUGGUGGACACUUACCUUUUUGUAGCCCACUGACCAGUAGAUCAACAGACUUAAAGUAAAAAUUACAUAUCCAAUGCAGCUCAGAAAUCCAGAAAGACUCGCUUACUUCUUCAUAAGGCUUCAACCCAAUCGAUAUAAAUCAGAUACAUAUAAAUUACAGAAUAGAUUCAAUGUGUUAACCGCUGGUUUGGGCCGUGGAUUUUCUUAUUGAAAAUAAAAAGAUUUUGAUACUUAGAGUUAGAUACAAUUUUUAUCCUAUUAUUUAAAUACAAAGGUGAAUUUCUUUGUUUGUUACCCCUACACGUCUCAACUACUCAUACACCAUCAUGAAAUUAUACAAAGUUGUUAAGUGUACAAAAAAGGGCAUAGGGUGCCGAACACCUGCCCAGACCCUCAAUACGUGGACCGGGAUCCUGCAGCCGGAAACUCAUAAAUGAUUAAUUGUUUAAUGGUAACUUUAAUAUUAAGCAUAGUUAACGUCAAGUUUUUUGUUUAUUUUAAUAUUACAUUCCAAAUAUUAUAACAUUUGAACACCCUUAUACUUUUGCAAUCAAUUCUAAAAUGUCAGAGUUUAUUUUUUUUAUUAAACACUAAUGCACAACACAAUAUAUGUAUAUAUAUUUCCAAUUAUAUGUAGCCUAUUUCUAUUAUAGAAUUAUUGGAGACAAAUAAAGUUUAGUAGACAUCAAUAGUGGAGAUUUUGAAUUUUGUAUUCAUAAUGGAUUUGUGAGUAAAUGACAAUUUGAAUGUAGGCAAAGUUGCUAUCGGAACUUUGGAAGUAAAGUUAAAGCGGAUGUAAUAAGUAAAGUGAAUAGUGUUGCUAUAAAUAAAAAAUAAAUAAAUAAAAACUGUUUGCAGUGCAUAAUAUAGAAGGAUACAAUAAUAUAUUGAAUGGAAUAUGUAAAGUUUGUUAAACUUUAUUCCUUCUUCAAAUGGAAUAGGCUAUAGGGUGUGUUCAUGAAAAAGUAUUUAUCGUUUUCAUAACUGAAAUGAAUGACUUCUCUACAAAAUUUCGUUCGUGAGGACUUUGAUAAUCGCUUCUAUUAUAUGAUGGGAUUGUUUCUCAUUCCAUAAAUUUAAUUAGUACAUAAGAUACUAUGCCAUUGAAAUCCAUCCAGUGAGAACGACAACUGUGCAAAGAUAGAAUUUUGAAACUCUGUAUUGAUCUUACAUAUGGACAAUAUCCGAGAACUUAUCAUAUAUCUAUGUGUAAAAAUUGUUUGUUAUAAAGGAUUCAAAUGUUUUAACAUGAAAUAGCAGCUAUACACACUUUAAAUAUAAUAAUGAAAAUUAAUUCUUAUAAUUUUUUAAUGUAAACAAUCUUUAUUUAGAUAAAAGUCCAAAAUAUAUAUUAUUUUCUUCUAAUAAACUAUAACGCGUACAACUCGGUAUGUGAUAGACGUGAUGUUUUUGUGCGCUAGAAACGUUCACUCAAACGUUACGUACAGAAACGUUGCAGUUACACUCUAAAUACAUCCAAGGUUUCGCUUCAAAAAUUAUUUACAAGAAAUGUCAAUCUAAAUGGAAUGAAUUAUUCAGGGAUAGUGUUAUAAUUUUUUGUGAUUUGUUAGUUUUAAUGUUACGACAUUUUUGUGUCCUCUAAUUUUAUA